UUCUUGUCGAGGGAGAAGUUGCCGGGCUUGUGUUUGCUUGUUGCAGCAGAAAACCUUUAAAGUUGAGGAAAUGCUAACCUGGAGUAGCCGUAGGUGGCUAAUGUUAGCCUGAUGAGGCUCAAGUUCUGGAGCAGGUUAUGGCUUUGGGACGCGUCCCGAGGCUUUUGCUGCUGGAGAGGUCCAGGAUCUGUUGGUCUGCACUUGGACUUGUCUGUCCCACCGGCCUUUUGAGAACCUCCAACCCGCUCCAGUGCGCAGCAUGUCUGUGUGGGCCGUGCACCGUCCCAAGUCACGGAAACCUCCAGCGGAACUGCGGGACGAGGCGCCUCACAACCACCAUCAGGGAGCCCGUGUUCGUCGCCAGCAGCUCCGUCGGACUCCACAAGGAGUCGUUUCUCCACUUCUGUCUAACCCAGCUGCAUCGCCCCUCGUGUGGGGAGGAACGGGGGUUCCAGCAGCAACUCCAGCGAUGCUCCUCCUCCCAGGAGGUCUUCAAACUCCUGCACUCGGUGGAGAUCCUGUCUGACACCAUGGCUGCAGCUGCGCUUCAUCGUGUGGCUGACCUGGAACAGGACGGAAGUUCCCUCAAAGACCCCACGGUGCUGGAGAAAGACACCAUCCGGGCUUUGUGCUUCCAGCUGGAGCAGGAUUCUGCGCGGCUGACGGACGCUGGGCUGGUGUCAGCCCUUCUGGCCGGCACGCGCCUCUUCUUGGACCCUGGGAGCACGUUGAUGGUCCGCCUGGCGUCAGAGAGCCAGGCCCGGCUCGACCAGGGACGGAUGACGGUGGGACAACUGUGCACCCUGGGCCAGGCCAUGCUGGCCAUGGAGGGUCCAACCAGUGGGAUGCUGGAGCAGGCGAUGGAGUUCAUCCAGAGGCAGGAGCCGGCUCUGUGGAGCCUGGAAGAACUUGUCGCUGCUUAUAGACUUCUGCAGGGAUGUGGGGGUGAUGUUGGAAAACACAGGAACUUGCUGAAUAAGAUGCACAGUCAAGCCAUGACAGUUGCCUCCAGGAUGGAUCCUUUUGGUGUCAGUGAGCUGCUGAGUGCUCUAGUUGCCCUUAACCAGACACAGGCCAUGCCUCUUGUCAUCACUCUGUGCAAACAAGCUGUGCGCCACAUACCUUACUUCACCGACGAGGAGCUCUCCUGUGUCCUGGAUGCGCUCAUGCACUUUGGUCACAGCGAUCACUACUUGGUUGAGGCCAUGGAGAAAUAUGUCCCUACGAUGACGUUUACCUCCAACCCAGAGACGGUGACCAAAGUGGCGCAGUUCUUCGCUCUGAGGAACAUCCUGUCCCCCGUCGUCUUCAACGCGCUUGCGGAGAGCUUUGUGUACCGGGCGGAUGACUACACCACCACCCAGGUCGCCCGGCAGAUCGUGGCCUUUGGAAAGCUGGGUUACCUCCCGCCCAACGCGGGCCAGGUUUUCGGGAAACUAGAAACCGUCCUGCAGUUGCGUUUCUCCCACUUCCACCCGCGGGUGCUGCUCAGCCUGCUCCACGCCUGCACCCUGGUGGAAAGGUUCCCCGUCAAUUUUGUCUCCAAAGUUUUUAGCAGCUACUUCCUCCAGCAGCUUCAAGAUGAGACCACCGGAUUGGACCGGGCCGUUCUGGCGCAGCUGACUCAGCUCUACAUGACGGUGAAGCUAGAGUGUCCUUUCUACGAGGGUCCCAGGCUCCUCCCAAAGUACAGAGUCAAAUCUUUCCUCAUGUCCAGUCGCUCCUUGGAGACACCAGUGGAUCAGCAUCUAUACAACGCUGUGAAAAAUGGAUUAGUGGAUUUGUUAGGAGACCGCUCGUACUUUGCAUCCAAAGUCCUGACUCCGUACUGCUAUACACUCGACGUGGAGAUCAAACUGGACGAGGGAGGAUACGUGCUGCACGCCAGUCAAACUGACGACGUUUGUAAGAGAGUAGCUCUGUGUAUUGAUGGACAGAGGAGGUUCACUUCAAACUCCAGACAGCUGCUGGGAAAAGAGACCAUGAAGCAGAGGCAUCUGCGGCUCCUGGGAUACGAAGUGGCUCAGAUUCCCUACUAUGAAUUUGAAAAGCUGCACAGCAAGACCAGUGUGGUGGAGUACCUUCAUCAAAAAAUCUUCCCCCACACCUACAGGAUGAGCUGGUGAUAACGGUCUGAUCUCUACCGUUACUUUAGAGAAAAAGACUUUAUUUUUGCAAGCAGUCGUUGAUUUCAGCCUAUUUAUUAUGCGAAUAAAAGCUAUUUAUCAAAAAAUGUCACAUGAA